AUGGAAAGAUUGAACUCAAAGUUGUACCUGCAGAACUGUUACAUAAUGAAAGAGAAUGAGAGAUUAAGGAAGAAGGCUCAACUUCUUAAUCAAGAGAAUCAAGCUUUAUUGUCUGAGCUGAAACAGAAGCUUUCAAAGGGUAAUCAGAAAGGCAAUGCUCCAAAUACCAUUCUUGAUUUGAGCCUGAGCUCAAGUGCCACUCAAGAUCCUUCUAGUUCCAGCAAUUAA